AUGCUAUCGAUAGGAUUGUCUAGACAAUCAUCACAUAUUUAUAAUAAUAUUAAUAGAUUGGUAUUGCCAAAUAAAGUUAUCAAUCAUGUUAGAAUCAUAGAUAGAGCAUUCAGUAGUAGUAAUAACAGUGUUGUUGGUAAUAAUGUAAAUAAACAAAAUACAAGAUACAAUGUUACAAAACAAUGGUUCGAUAUCGAUGCACAUUCAACUUAUCAUCAAUUAAGAUAUCAUGUCAAUAAAAUAUUAGAACCAUUAACAACAUCGAUAUCAAAUAACAAUAACAAUAGCAAUGAAAUAACAAAUAACAAUAAUACAUCUGGUUAUCAACCAUUGUUUACAGGUGUUACUGUACCAAAGAUAAAAGCAGACUAUUCAAUUAGCAAUACAUUUCAAUUGUCAAGACAACUGGGAGGUGAUAAUAAAAAGAUUGUCGAACAAAUGAGACAGUUGAUUCAGAAGGAUAUCGAUGAGAAUCGCGAUGGAAUGUCACUCAUCAAAGAUGUCUCGGUGGAGAAGAACUUUGUCAAUGUUUCGCUGUCGCAAGAUUACUUGGAGCAAUCGCUAGCUGUUUGGCUCAAGGGAGAAGCACCGCUCUACGAGCUGACAAAACAACAUAAACAAUCGCUACAACUACCUCUCGAGCCAAAAGAGGUGCUUGUUGAUUUCGCAUCGCCAAACAUGUCGAAAGAGUUGCACGUCGGACAUCUGCGAUCGUUGGCACUGGGCGAAUCGGUUUGUCGUAUCCUAGAGUAUCGUAAUCACCGCGUUGAGCGUGUCAGUCAUGCCGGUGAUUUCGGCACGCCCAUGGGAAUGGUCAUCUCCUAUGCACUCGAGAACAAAGCGGAAUUCCUCCGACACAUCUGGGACAAGCAAAGCGGGCUGUCAUCGAUGCCAUUCAUCCCAACACCGAAACAACUCUCAACGAUCUACUCUGACGCCAAGAAACUAACGAAAACCGACAGUGAAUUUAGUAAGCGUGCACACCUCGCCGCUGCAGAACUACAAAAAGGACCGCCAACAACAACAAGCGGUGACAAUAACAAUGGCGGAUCCGACCCCGAUAUCUAUCGUGCUUGGUUGGAUCUGAUGGAUAUCAAUGUCAAGGAGAGAGGUGAGUCGUGGUAUCGUGAGAUGUUGGAGCCGGCCAUUGAGGAGCUGCGUUCGCUCAAUAUGGUGUCAGAGAGUGAAGGUGCGGUGUGUGUCUUUCUCGAGGAUCAGAAAACACCGGUGAUUAUCAAGAAGAGUGACGGCGCCUAUCUCUACGCGACAACCGAUAUCGCCGCCAUCAAAAACCGUUUGGUUACCAACAAGAAACAAUGGGUGAUUAUCAUCACCGACGACUCGCAGAAACAGCAUUUCCAACAGGUGUUUACGAUUGCCCAACUUGCGGGAUGGUACCGUCCCGAUACAGAGCAUCGCGUCGAUCAUCUGUCGUUCGGCGUGGUGCGUGGCGAGAACGGAUUGAAACUGUCGUCGCGUGAAGGCGAUCCUCUUGCGCUGGAAGAGCUGCUACAAGAGGCGAUUCAACGUGCUAAAGACGCAACUAUUACCUCGCGAUCUUUGACACGCGCAGAGAAGCUAGAUCAAACUCAUACCGCUCAGCAGCUGGACGGUGCAGAUCGCGUGGAAGAUCGCUUCGAACUCGACCAAUACAACACCUGGGAACACUAUCGUAAGAUCGGUCUCGGUGCAAUCAAAUACUUUGAUCUCUCACAACGUAGUAACUCUUACACAUUCUCAUUUGAUCGAAUGCUCUCAUUCAAAGGUAACACCUCGAUCUACAUACUCUAUUGCUACACAAGAAUCUCAACUCUAAUGAAACGUGCACAAUUCGAUAUCAAUGCAAUCGAUUUAAAUACAUUUAAAUUUAAGGAAUUUAGUGAAAAAGAAAGAAAGCUGGUUUUAAUGAUAUCUAAAUUCCCAGAUGUAAUAAGAGCGACAGAGAGUACAUUGAGACCAGCGGUGUUGUGUGAUUACCUUUGGGAUAUAUCGGAUUGUUUCCAUCAUUUCUACGAAAGUGAGCGAGUCAUCGGUUCAGAUACAAUGGUACAGAAACUAUUGAUUGCACAUGUCAUCCAAAAUAUUAUCAACACUGGUUUCCAUCUAUUAGGUUUAGAAACUGUCGAUAGAUUAUAA